UAUUACAUGUAUUGUAAUACUGUAUUAAAUGUUUGUUUUGAUUAUUAAUGAUUGUAUUAAAUGUUUGAUUCAAUUGAACGCAUAUAUUGUUAAUUGAAUCGAAACAAACAUUACUUGCAUUUGAUUAUCAUUUGUUUAACUACUGAUCACAUGAAUGGGUCGUAUAUUUCUUGAGCACAUCGGAGGUCUUCGUCUGUUUUCUUGUGCUUCAUGUGAUACAGUAUUGACUAACAGACAUGAGUUGAUUAGCACCCGAUUCACGGGAGCCACGGGUAGGGCUUUCCUAUUCAAUCGUGUCGUUAAUCUUAACUAUAGUGAAGUUCAGGACAGAGUAAUGCUAACGGGAAGACAUAUGGUUCGGGACGUGUCCUGCAAGAACUGUGACACAAAGCUCGGAUGGAUCUAUGAGUUCGCCACUGAAGACAACCAAAGAUAUAAAGAGGGAAAAGUGAUUCUUGAGAGGGCUUUGGUUACUGAAAGUGAUGGCAUUGAAGAACACAUCUCUAAUGACUAAUCAUUAAAUCAUUUAUUAAUACAUUAUAUUUCAACAAUAUUUUCUCAUUUUUAUAUCAAUAAAACAUUUAAUACUAGAGUUGACAGUGUUUUGUAAUAAACUUUGUAAACAAUUGAAUGUAAAUUAUAUACUAAUCUGAGAUUCAAUUUUUCAAAUGAUAACAAA